AAACAAACCUGCUCUGAUUUAUUACACAGAUGUCGAGAAACUCGAGUACAUGUUGAUGAGUCUUUAUUUCCUGCAGUGGACACUAAUGAAGGAUUACCACUACCGAUCAAAAAACACAGAUGUAUGCAGCCAAAACACUUUGUUGAAAAAUCUCCAAGAAAUGAUAGAAAGCUCCAGAGAAGACUGGACCAGAUGGCUAAAGAAUUAGCUGUACAGAAGUUAGCAGUUAACGCUGAAACUGAUGUACCAGUUUUGUUAUUUGAAGACGAUGGUUCACUUGUAUACAGCCCUGUUAAUAAGAUAAAAGAUCAGUGCAGUGCAAUGCAAAGAAGAAUAAACGAGAUGAAGAAAAAAAGAGAGCAUCUUUCUCCUACUGCUUCACAAGUGUCUCCGAUACCUCCAAGUAGUUCACCAGGAGACUGCCCACUGUCUACUUGUGUCUUAACUAAUUCAGAACAUGCAUUGAUACCAGGAGAACAAAUGGAAGUCUGCUUGAACUCAAGUUAUGAUUAUCUUUGUGGAAGUGAUGAAUUAAAGAGACAGAAAACAGAGGUGGUAAAACAUGCGUGUGGUACUUGGACUGAUAGUCACGUAUCCAUGAGUGCAUCAGUUAAUUCUCCCUCACAUAGCUAUGAGGACAAGAGCUUAACACCAAAACAACACAGAAGAAUCUCAAUUGGUGAUGAAAACGAAGUUUCAGAGUAUCAUGUUACUGAUGGCUCUUGCAAAGUUUUUAAUGAACAAAAGAAUAAGCACAAUGGGGGGUUAAGAAAAACUAGAAGACUCCAAAAGACAACAAGGACACUAGUUAUGACAAGUAUGUCUCCUGAGAAGCAAAAUAUAGUAAUUGAGGUGGUGAAUAAACUGGGAGACUUUUUGUUCUCAGAUGAUGUAUGUGAAACAACAAGUCAUGUAGUUACAGGGAGUCCUCGUCGUACCUUGAACGUUAUGCUGGGAAUUGCUCGUGGGUGUUGGAUUGUUUCUUAUGAAUGGGUUCUGUGGUCUUUGGAAUUGGGUCACUGGAUCUCAGAGGAACCAUAUGAGCUUUCAUCCAGCUUCCCUGCAGCUCCUCGUGGUCCUCUUGUAGAGGAACAAAGUCAGUGUCCAAGGUGA